AUGAAUGAAACCGACAACGAAAUUGUUCUGUCUACAAUUCAAAAAAUCCAAAUGGAAAUCAAUCAAUGCGAUUUUGUGAUCGACGAGGACAUGUUGGAUUUAAUCGAUUCUGGGAGAGAUGAAAUUGAGAAUCAGUCGACAGACUACGAAUUCGAUUUGAAUUUUGAGAGAACUUUGCCGGUGGAGUUGAGAAGCAGAUGUAUGAAUUAUUUGGGUUCGUCGGAGGGCCGGUACGUUCUCAGAUUUCCAAAAAUCGACACUGACAUUGAUAUCGCCCUAUCUACAAUUCAAAAGAUUCAAAUGGAAAUCAAUCAAAACGAUUUUGUGAUUGAAGAAGAUUUGUUGGAUUUAAUCGAUUCUGGGAGAGAAGAAAUCGAGAAUUCUGAAAAUGAAGUCAAAUUUGACACAAAUUGGAAUGACUUGUCGCCGACGUUGAAGAUGAGAUGUAUGGAGUAUUUGGAUUUUGAGGACAGACUCUGUCUCCGUGCCACUUCUCGCACCGAAAAGUCACUUAUCGAUUCGUAUCGCAUGAAGCUCGAUGUAGUUCAAUUAUUCCCAGAAGAGGACGUGUUCAUGAGUGUUAUGAGAAAUUUUAAGUAUUCGGAACUCAAAAUUCCAAAAAUCAAUACAUUCGGAAGUGAUCGAAAUCUGAUUUACCUGGAGAAAUUCACUCAUUCACUUGCAUAUAUUCUGACUCAUUGUAAUAUUACGAAACUGGAAGUGUUCGAGAUAUCAGGAAUGCAUACUCAUGUUCUGAAGAGACUUCAUCAAUUAGUGGCACCUCAAUCGAUUCAUGUCAAGUAUUUCUAUUCAAAUCUGCUUCACAGCACUUCCUCUUUCUUCCUCCACUGCUGCUGGAAUCGAAUGGAAAGCAUCAUUUUUGAGAAUUUCCGCAUUUUUCAUGUCAAGGAUCUUAAGAAAAUUCCAUCGCCACAAAAUAUGGAAACUAAUGAGAAGAAAUUCGUGAUGAGAUAUGUCGUUGAAGAUUUUGACGCAUUAGAAGAGGAUAAACCAUACAGUGUGACAGAAGAACAUUACGGAAUUUCAUGGAAAAUGUAUUUUUACAAACGCAAUGACCGUUUAAGCUUUUUUCUUGAAUGUCUGAAAAUACAAGAAACCGAGUGGUCCAUCGAUACUAAAUUGGCUAUCAAGUUACAAUUUACGAAGGAUACCCUGAAAUCAAACCACUACCGGUCUUUUGGCAGGAAUGAUAAAUACUGGGGUUGGGGAAACCUUAUGGAGCUCGACCAACUGUUGGAACACGUUGAAAUGGACAAUGAACAAGUCACAUUCGAAAUGAAAGUGCGAAUUUUGAAAAUGGUCGGAUGCGAGAAGGAGAAAUUGAAACGCUUCGAUGAAUCAAUGAAAGAAUUAUCGGAUGUUGUGUUGGUUGUGAAGGAUAUUAAGUUUUAUACAUUGAGAAUGUUCCUCUCCAUCCAAUCCUCGUAUUUCAAAUCUCUUUUUCUCGGAAAUUUUGAAGAAUCUCAGAAGUCAGAAGUGACACUCACUGGAAUCGAUCCAGAAGAUUUUCAGAAUUUUCUUGAACUUAUUCAUGGUGAACCUUCUGUUGAUGAUGCCACUGUCGAUGGAAUUCUUCACCUGGCGGACAUGUAUGACACGCCAACUGCUAUCAAAAGAUGCGAGGAGUUUCUUCUGAGGGACAGCAAAAAGACACUGAAAAAUAAACUGCAAACUUCGACUCGAUACAAUUUGAAGAUCUUGAAGGAAAAAUGUCUCUCGGAGAUCAAAACUCUCGACGAUAUUCGCUCAGUGAUGCCAGAUGAUAUCGAGGAAAUGGACCCUGCAGUCUCGAGAGCUCUUCUUCAGAAAGCAUUGGAAUUCCGCUAA